CCGGCGCGGAGUGAGAACCGGGUCGCGGCUGCUUACCGCCGCUGCCCGUUCAUCGCGGGAGCGUCUGUCUUGGGCACCCAGGCCGUCUGCAGGCUGGGGACCGUUCUCGGCAUCUGCCCUUGUAGUCAAUUCCUGAGUAACACAUUCACCUUUCACGGGUAUUUCUAGUUUUUAAGGCCCUAGGAAGAAAGGGAGGCUGAUUCUUGUGUAUCUUCCUGCUGAAGUCAGGCUAUUCCUCGGUGUCUGGAGGGCUGCUGCGUGGAAGAGUUAGCUGCCUUUGGGAGCGGCAGGUGAUGGGGCCAGGUAAGUGGCAGGGGGGCAGAGUCCAGCUCCAUGUCGAAGGAUAAUCACUUCAAAAUGAAUUGAGCCGCUCUGGGAGAUAAAGAGCCCCGUAUCACUCAGUCAAGUUUAUACUCCAGACCGAUCACGCCGGAUCUAUAAAGCAAGGAGCUUUACAGAGGGCAAAGGAGCAGAUUGCUAAAUAGACCCAGGGCCUGCUGUUGUGAGAACUGGCUGCCUGUUAUGGCUGAGAGUCACAUUAGUGAUGCUGAUGCUGUCAUUUGUUCACAGACUCCUUCGUCAUUAGACUGAGUCCAGGGGCUGUGCCUUUUGCUGCUGUGUCCCCAGCACCAAAAGCCCGCCUACAUCAUAUAGCAGAUGCCCAUUAAAUGCCAAUUAGCCUGGACUGAAAUCUUCAGGCACUGACUUGGUCACAGUUAUUAUGCGCUAAAUACCAACAGAGGAGUGCCUCAGAUCUUCCCAGGCAUGAAGUGUCCCUGCAACAACUGAGGAAGGGGCCAGAACACGGACCACUCUUGGAGAAAUAACUAUCUGGGAAGCUCCAAUAACCACCUUUUAGAUGCAGUGCAAAUAAAACCAAAUGCCCAGCACCUUCAAAGUUGCAAACAAAUUUUUUACGGGUCCUGGGAAAAAAAUUCUAGUUUGGAGACAACUUAGAAUUUAAACAGAAAAGGUAACCUUCCCAGAAAAAAGAUCUACCAGAGCAGGACCAGGACUUUGUGAACUAAGCAGAGCCUCUAGUCAGGCAGACCAAGAAUGCAGGCAAGAGAGAAGAUUCUGUCAAACACUCCUGUAACUUCACCACAGGCACAAAGGAUCCCUUCACAUCCCUGAGGGUACAAAAGGAUCAACAGGCUGCUAGGACCUUGGCACUGUGGUAUCAAAGUGGUCUAGGCAGAUUAUCAAAGUAGGUGUCCCCGGAGCUGUCCUGGUUCCCAUGCACACCAAGGAAAGGGUCACUUUAUUUUCUGUUUGUUUUUAUUUAUGCUGUUUCCCUGUGUGCUUUAUUCUUUUUAAAUGUGUGCCAGCGGUUGUAUUUGCAAAAUUGUUUGUAGAAAUGGUUUAGUUAUGGGGGUGAUGUUACGUUUCUUCAGCAUAGACUUGUGCUUGCUUCUCUUAGGUAUUUGGGAACAUUGAAAACUGGACCAGCUCAGUCCAGUUUCAGGGCUUGAGAAGAUUUGAAGUACAGCACUCACAGCUGUCUGUCUCCCUCUGGUUUUCCCUUAUUCCUGUGAUGCUGCCCUUUCAGUCCCAUCCCAAAGGGAGGAAGUUGAGGUAGAGUCCCAGCACGGUGAACCUUGGACUUCAAAAGCUGCUCCUCAUGCUCACGUGUCAGUUAGUGGACCUUUGUGGCCUCUCCAUGGCCUCUUCCAGUGCUGCAUGUGCUGCAGUUGAAACACAACUUCAAGUGUCUGACCACCUUUGCCAGGUCUAUUUUUCCCAGAAUCAUGACCUGAUGGAUGCCCCAUUGUCUUAUAACCUCUCCAGUGCUUCACACAGAUGUUUCAUCUAUUUUGCCCAGCUUUUCUAAUCAGUAGUCUGCAGAAAGGUUACUACAAAUUAACUUGUUAGUUGUCAGUGGACAUUGAAGCUAAACGUGGAUCAAGCCCAGAGAGGUGAGUCAAUCAUCAAGGUUACUCUUUUGUUGUUGAGCAGGGCAAGGUUUGCUGUCUGGCUGUCUGGGCACUUUUAGGGUGAGAGAACAUGGACUGUGACCCUUCAGGUUCUUGUAGGUUUCAGAACUGAUGCACCAUGGACAGAUACAAUGAGACCUCCUCUGUAUUUGGAUUCAUUCUCCUGGGUCUCUCAGCCCACCCAAAACUGGAGAAAGCGUUCUUUGUGCUCAUCCUGUCAAUGUACCUGGUGAUUCUGCUGGGCAACGGGGUCCUCAUCCUGGUGACCAUCCUGGACUCCCACCUGCACACGCCCAUGUACUUCUUCCUGGGGAACCUCUCCUUCCUGGACAUCUGCUACACGACCUCCUCCGUCCCCCUCAUUCUUGACAGCUUCCUCACUCCCAGGAAAACCAUCUCCUUCUCAGCCUGCUUUGGGCAGAUGUUUCUGUCCUUUUCCAUGGGAGCCACAGAGUGUGUGCUCCUGGGCAUGAUGGCGUUUGAUCGCUACGUGGCCAUCUGCAGUCCCCUUAGGUACCCUGUGGUCAUGAGCAAGGCUGCUUAUGUGCCCAUGGCUGCUGGCUCCUGGGCAGCUGGUAUCAUCAACUCUGUAGUACAGACAUCUCAGGCAAUGAGACUGCCCUUCUGUGGGGACAAUGUCAUCAACCACUUCACUUGUGAGAUCUUGGCUGUCCUGAAGUUGGCCUGUGCUGACAUCUCUAUCAAUGUGAUCAGCAUGGGGGUGGCCAAUGUGAUCUUCCUGGGGGUGCCAGUUCUGUUCAUCUUUGUCUCCUAUGUCUUCAUCCUCACCACCAUCCUGAGGAUCCCCUCAGCUGAGGGCAGGAAAAAGGCCUUCUCCACCUGCUCUGCCCACCUCACUGUUGUGGUUGUCUUCUAUGGGACCAUUCUCUUCAUGUAUGGGAAGCCCAAGUCCAAAGACCCACUGGGGGCAGAUAAGCAGGACCUCACAGACAAGCUCAUCUCCCUCUUCUAUGGGGUGGUGACCCCCAUGCUGAACCCCAUCAUCUACAGUCUAAGAAACAAGGAUGUGAAGGCUGCUGUGAAGAGCCUGGUGGCUCAAAAACACCUAACUGAGUGAUGCCAUUAAACUAUGACUGACAGAAUGCUUGACCUCCACACUCCUACUUAUGGGAGGAGGUAACUCAGAGUAAAAAAAACUUUUCUCGGGUCUGUACCAUGGACCUUGAGACCAGGAUUGAAAAAAAAUAUAUACUAUUUUCCUCUGUCUUUUCAUAAACAAUGGAAGCUUCCUUUAAGAACUGAGAAGGAAAGAGCCUUCACAUUUCUGGAGAUGCUGGCUAGUUACUAGCAUUUAUUCAUACCAUAACUAUUUUAUGCUAGAAAAUGAAUGGUUACCUUAUGUCUUCUACUACCAAGGCUGGUACAUAUCUGUAAGGAGCCACUGAUUUAUGCAAAGCUAAGCGACAAAUGCAAAAGCUGGUUUCAGCGGCACUGGGUUCUUUCUCUGCACUACUUGACUUUGUGUAGAAUGGCUGGAGGUAGUGCCUACUUUGGUGGUAUCCCAGAGGCCUUUGUGUAGUAAGAAAAAUAACAUUCACACUCUCAUGAUGUGUUGGCGAUUGGACCAUUAUGGAUUCUUCUCCACUCUUAGCUCCAAGAAAAGAGAGGUCUUACCAUAGCCUUAUGUGUGAGGAGAUACAGAAAUGUUUGCAGUCUUCUCUCCCUACUGCAGCUGCAAUCUCACAGUGGUGUAGGACUGCAUAUCAGAGGCAGUAGCCCUAAUCUUUUCUUUCCCACACAACCCAUACCAUUACCAUUAACACCUACCAACAUGCCUAUGGAUGUGCCCAGACUGUAAUGCAAUAAAAGCUGGACAGGAUGGCACAUUCCUGUACUCCCAGAACUCUUGAAAGCCUGAGGAAUGAGCAUCACAAGUUUGAAUACAGCCUGCGCAACUUAGUGACUUAGUGAGACUGUCUCAAAAUUGAAAAUGGU